AUGCAAAGUCAUGAGUUGCAUCCUCAACAGCCACACUCAAAUAGUGGACCAUUGAUCAAUGUCUCAUCAAGUAAUAUUACAAUUCCUUUCCUGCAAGGAAAUCAAAGCCAUGUAGGAAGUGGUGGUGGCGGACUAAGCUACUACACCCAGUCUGUUGUUGACGGAGGUUCAACAGCAAAUUCAGAAACUUCUGCCACUUCACAUACUCACAGCUCCUUCCUUCAUGUCUUUAAUGAAAAACUUAUCAAUUUUUACAUUUCAGUGAAGAGUAGUGAGGUAAGCGUAAAGAAAUAUGAAAAGAUACUCAUCUAUUUGGCUUACGCUUACCUCUAUUGGGUGAAUGUAAUAUUUCCAACCAUUUCCUCCGAUACAAGAUAUGACCUGAAGGAAACAGAACAUGUGAUUGGGCCAUAUGGCGUCUAUUCUGGUUGGGUAUUCAAAGUUUUGAACUAUCCCAUUACGUUCUCUCUCGAUGAUAUUGACUACACAUCCACCAUCAUACUGACCUGUAUUCUGUUAUCGUUGUAUUGUCUCUUCUUCCUCGUAUUAUUCAUUGAGUACAAGACUCUAAAAGGAAAAGCCCACACACGUUUAAGAAACUUGAGACAGAGAGCUGGAGCUGUUUGUGCCAUUCUAUCUCCAUUAACCAUGUUCCUAAUGAGUUAUUUCAUUCAAUGUAAUACCACUGUUCAGGUGUAUGCUGAGAAGGAAAAUGUUUAUCUUUACAUGUUGACAAGAAAUAGCACUGUAGCAUGUCAUGGAGAUCCUAAUUUAAUAUUAUUCAUUGUAAUGUGCUGCAUGGCUCCUGUGAUAAUUUUUGCAACAUCUUGUUCUAUUCUGUUAAUGCCCAAUCAUGGACAUAGCUCACUGCCUUUCACAUCCAACGAUAAUUUUCCAAUCAUGUCAACAGUAGCAUCUAUUGGUUUGGAAAUAUUUGUCAUAUUUCUAAUUCCACAACAUUUAAUUUUUAUUCGAGGAAUUAUUCACAUCUUAAGCUCCAUAUUACAAAUAUUUCUCUUGUUAAAACUGGUUCCUUUACUGAAGAGAAAUUUCAACAGUGUUUAUUCGAGUGCAGUAUUCGGGCGUUUCGGAGCAUCAAUUGGUGUUUUCAUCAAUCAAUUAGUCUUUGUCUUUGAUCCCACUUACAAUAAGGAGAAGAGCUUGGGGUUGAUGGGCCUUACUCUUUCUCUCAUUGUUGUUGGUGGAAUUUUGGGUGGAAUAGCAAUGGAAAUUUACACUAGGGUGGUGUGUUAUAAAGUGAGGAAAGUUCUAAGGAAAGGAAUAAUACACGCAACUUCACUCGAUGAGAAUAGAAAGAGCACUAGUGUCAUGGAAAAGGAGGCAGUUGCAAUCUAUAUGGAACAGGAGUCUUUAAGGAAUUUGAAUUUAUUUCUUCGAUUUUCAGGAGAGAAUUCAGAUGAUUCGGCUAUGGCAUUAACUUUCAUUAAAUUGGUCAUUGCAAACAAGUGCGUGCAGUCACCAGAAAUUCUACUCACGAGUGCUCUCAUCAUUGCCUAUCAAUGGGUUGAUGAGAAUAGAACUUCAUUCAGUUCUUUCAUCUUGAAGAAGGCACUCAGAUUUGUGGAAAACUCAUGGACCAGAACUUUAAUUCAUGAGAGAAUGAAGGAAAUUGAAAUUGAUAAUUCCACAAAAAGUAAUGGCAUAAAUCAAGUGGAAGUUAAGGCAAUGUUGAACGACAUUGAAAGGAAAGAAGAUGAAUUGUGGGCCGUGCAUAGAAUGUUUUGGAAAGAAGUUUUAAGCGACCUACCAAAUGAAAAGAAAAUUUCUCAGCUCAAUUCAAAAGCAACCUCUCUCACAGUGUAUUGUGACAAACUAUUCAACCACCUUAUGACAAAUUUUAAACAUGACAAGACUGUUUUGAGAUUUUAUGCAAGUUAUUUGGAAAAUUUCAAAUUUGAUAAAGAGACAUCAUCCAUACUCUUUGAACAAGCCUUUCAAAUGGAAGAAGAAGAGUCAAAAACAAGAACAGUUUCAUUAUUCUCCAGAGGAAAGAGCGAGAAACGAUUUAAAAACAAGAUAACUCCCUAUUUUAAUUCCACUCCAAACUCUCCAGUCAAUGUAUUUGAUAUUAGAAAGAAUUCCUUCACACUUGUCGAUAAUCCAAUGGAAGAUCAUGAGAAGGAAGACCACUUUGACGGUAUUGAGAAUGCAGAAGAAACUAUUGAUAAGAAACAAGUGUUUUUCAGAAAUUCUCUCAAUACUCCCUACCAAUCAAAAUUUAGAAAUGUGUUUUUAAUUGGUUUGUCAAUUCUAUCAGUUCUAAUGUUAGUGGUGGCUUUUGCUUUAUGUAUGAUAUUUGGAAGUUUAGUUACAGAAAUUCCAUUAACUCUUCAGAGUUGUCUUCCAGGUACAUCACCUAGUGCCCUCAUCAGAGAGGUGAGAAUGGGACAAAUAUAUAAGGAGCUAUAUGGUAAUCAGAAUUGGGCAAUUCCUAAUGAAAAUUCAACAGAUGGUAAAGUACUCAAUUAUUUCACAACAAAUCACAAAAUGAGAUUCGAGAGACAUUUGCUAUAUUUGCAACAACUGGCUGAUAAUUCAAUGACUUCAAAGUAUACAGAACAAAUGUUUAAUGAUUAUACAUCCCCAGAAAAUCCCAUUGUUGUUCCAAUUGCUUCAGUAGAGAAGAGUACAAUAUCUUAUUUGACAAGUUACAAAAAGAAUGUAUCAAUGAGUGAACUCACUCAAGAAUUCAUGACCUUAACCAAGUCAUUCAUUGAUUGGACACCAAAAGAUUACAAUGAAACUAUAACAUCUUAUUUAUUUAUGUACUUGUAUUUGAAUAGAAGAACUGCAGCAGAUGCUAAUGCACUAUUUUGUUCUAAAUUUCAAGAAAGCAAACGAGUACAAAAUGCAGACAUUGACCUCAUUCUCAGAUAUUAUCUAUUUAUUUCGACUGGCGUAUUGAUUAUCAUUUAUUCCAUGUUUCUAGUUAUCAGUAGAAUUGAAAUGAGAAAAUCGACAAAUAUCAUUACUCUAUUUAAGAGAUUGCCCAAGGAUAUUAUUGGAAAUAUCUAUCAAGACUUGCAGCGAAAGACAAACCAAGAGGCUAAACAUUUGGGUGAGUUUAUGAAUCCAAAAUGGAUAUCCAUAGCUGUAGGAUUUCUUGCAUUACUCUGUUUUUCAUUAUACGUUUCAUUGAUGUAUAUGGAGAAUUAUCUCAAUGUCCAAACAGCCUCUGAAACAAUGGUUAAUAUUGACACUGCAACUGCUGUUAUGAGAGCAGCGAUCAGAUUAACAGUUCGAUUGAGUGAGCUAUACGCGUUUUUGGGUGUUAAACCUGGUAGAAAUGUUAACAAUGUUGCUAUAGGUUCUGCAUCACAAUUGGCUACCUAUAGAACAGAUAAUAGAGAUUAUAUAUCUGAGGUUCAAACAAGAUUUACAGAACUAUUAUUUGGUAGUGAAGUUACAGCCCCUAUUAUUGGAAAGUAUUCGAGAGUGGACGAAAUCAUAACAUCACCACUCACAUGUUCGUUCAAUGGUACUUGUUACAAGCUACAGGAAUUAGUUGCCAUUGUUACACAUGCUUGUAGCAAAUUUAACGAAGACAUUUGGAAUCCAUUCUUUGCAAUUAGACAAGAUACAUUCAUAAGUUAUCUCGAUAUUUUUAAUUUAACUGAUGAAAUGAUUAAUCGUUUGACAGAAUUACUGAACUCUCUAUCAACCAAUACUUCAAACUCUUCCAAGGCUAUUAGUAUUGUAUUUUUUAUUGUUGGGAUUAUUACAUUGCCACUUUUCAAUUAUAUAAUCUUUUUGAAUUAUCAAAUGAGUGAUAAUGAAAUUACCAUGCUUCGGUCCUUUUUGAAUUAUAUCCCAGUGGAUUAUUUUGAUUCAAAUGAUACUUUGAAAAACUUUGCCUUGUAUAAUACCAUGACUAAACAUAGCACCAAACGAAAGAAAAUUGAUACUGAUGAUUCCAUAAGAAAUCUACUCAAUUCUAUGGUUGAAGGGGCUGUUCUAUGUAAUGAAAAGGGAGAAAUUACACUUUUUAAUGUUGCUGCACAGAAAAUGUUUGGAAAAUCUGCAACUGAUGUCAUUGGUCUGCCUUGUAUAAUUUUAUUUGAUGAAAUUUCACAUGAAUUGAUCAAAAACCUUACCCAUCAUUUAAUUCAUUCAACUGAUAACAGUGAUGAACUGUCUGUGGGUGAAGUGAUAGAAAUUGAGUGUAUCAGAAAAAAUCAAACAAAAUUCCCAGCCCAAAUAAGUAUAUUUGGAACGGAGGUCAAUAAUGGAUCAAUUAUUAUUUCACUUGUAAUUAAGGACAUUACAACAGAAAAGAAGCAAAAUGCACUUCUUGCCGAAGAGAAAAAGAAUUCUGAGAAUUUAUUGAGAAAUAUUUUACCUGACGCUGUUGCAACCAAAUUAAAGAAUGGUGAAACUUUUAUUGCUGAAAAGUUUGCAGACAUUACAUGUUUUUUCAGUGAUAUGGUUGGGUUUACCAAACUAUCUUCUAAUAUGAAUCCAUCUGAAUUAGUUCUAAUGUUAAAUAGUAUUGUGAAUGGUUUUGAUGACCUGACUGAUAAGUACAGUUUGGAAAAGAUUAAAACCAUUGGAGAUGCUUAUUUCUGUGUGGGUGGUCUACAUAAUAAUCCUCAAUCCGAUCAUCCAGAGAGGUGUAUCAAGUUCUCUAUUGAAACUCUGACUGUUAUUAGAACGUAUAAUGCAGAAAAUCCAUCUUCUCAAGUUAAUAUCAGAAUUGGAUUAAAUACAGGAAGUGUUGUCGCUGGAGUGAUUGGACGUAAAAAGUUUGCCUAUGAUUUAUGGGGAGAUACUAUUAAUUUGUCAUCUAGGAUGGAGUCAACUGGAAUUCCAGGAAGAAUCCAUAUUUCUCGUUCAACAUAUGAAAGAAUAUAUGACCUGUAUGAAUUUGAGGAGAGAAGUAUUGAAGUGAAAGGAAAAGGAAUGUGUCAAACCUAUCUCUUGAAAGAAAAACAUCAUGUAAAUCCAAUUUUUUCCAAAACCCCUCCAACUUUACAACAUCAAGUAUCAAGUAGUUGUAUAAAUUUAGAAGAAAAUGAUAUUGAAGUUGUGGAGACAAAACCAUCCCUUCAUUCACAUCAUGAUCAAGAAGAGGUGGUGUAUUGA